GCCCCCAUCAGCUCAAACCUGAAGUGUCUCAUUACUCACGUCUUUCCAGGAGCAACAAAAACAAGCUGCACAGUGGGUUUGUGCUUUCACCUCCUCGUCUCUAUUUAACCCGGUGCUAUAUGAUUUCCGUCGUGUUCGAGGCUGUGAACCCAGAGAGAUGCCGCAGAAAACGCUGGGAUCCGUUGUAGUUGCGCUUUGUGCCGAGGCCUGUCUGGUGCAGGCAAAGGAGUUUUGUUUUGGGGUAAAUAAUGAGCAGUAUCGCUGUGAGAUGGGCUACUGCUGUGGGGAAACUGAAUGCUGCACCUACUACUAUGAACUUUGGUGGUUCUGGCUGGUUUGGACCCUUAUUAUCAUGCUCAGCUGCUGCUGUGCAUACCGUCACAGAAGAGUCAAGAUGCGCUUACAGCAAGAGCAACGUCAGCGGGAAAUCAGCCUGAUGGCCUACCAGGGAGCGUCCAGCUCCUUUAUUUCUCCUCCUCCACUUAAUUUGAGGCUUUGGAAUGACUGCAAACUUCCUGAUUAUGAAGAAGUGGUAGGCCACCCCCCGACACCACCCCCUCCAUAUUCAGAGAACCCUCCAGAUGUUGCUCCUCCUCCCAGUGCUGCACAGGUGGUUUCUCCUCAGUCACAGGUAAACUCUGAAGCUGAAGGUACAGGAGGCACAGAACCCUCAGCCCCUGUGUUAGACGAGGAAGCAGAGCCCAUGCCAGUCCAAGCUCAGUGUCUGCCUGUGGAGAGUGGAGAGGAAGAGGAAGAUGAGGAGCUCAACACUCGUCGCCGCCAUGUUACAGGUGAUUCAGGGAUCGAGGUGUGUGUCUGUCAAGUGGACGCUGAUGAGGAUAGUGAUGAAGAGCACCGCAUGUGUAUGGCCACGAGUGGAGACUACUGCUCCGCCCGACAGCAGCAGCCUUUUAUACCGAAAGAGCAUCCCGCGGAGGUGCCAGGCCAGAAUGCAAACACCAGCACCGGUGAUCACAUGGUUUGAACUAAGGCUUUACGCACUAACCAGCAUACUGACGUGGCUGUCUGGUUUUGUAGACAGGACAAGCUGUAGCCGUCAUUAUUACCACGAGGAAUGUCUGUUAUAUUUUUAACACAUGAACAGUUGGGUUAUGUUGAUCGAAGCUUUAAGGAGGACAAAAACAGGAGGGAAGAUGAUGGUUCAACAUAUUGUUUUGCCUUUGUCCAGUGUGAAAUCUUUCAAAGCAAUUGGUGCUCUGCUUUUUUUGGUUUCAUUGACAUUUUUUUAAAACUGAAGGGGAACAACCCUGUCUCGCUCUCUCCCUCUCCUUUCUAUAAAGCACCGCCGUGUUUCAGUAAAUGUCCUGCUCCUCCUGGCCUGAAACAUUUCUAUACAGAGAGCUGCCUGACGUUGUAUUUCUACUACUAACUACUAACGCUGGCUGCUUGUAGCUUGCCGCAUUGGUCAGCCACAUUUCUGUCUCCCUACUUUGUUCUACAACUUACCAAAGGGAGUCCUAAAGACAGAAGGAAGACCCUGGAUAAACAAACAGGAGUCCAUUUCUUCCCAUCAGACUUUGCAUGAGAGCUUGCAGUAUGUGUGGCCUGUGUAAUCUGGGGCACAGCUGCACAGUGAUGUCAGCUCUGAGGUCAUGGUAACCAGCAUCUGGUGUGAAGCCCAUGGGGGCGUCCCAAAUGGAGCAAAUCCAGUUAGCCCCUGAUUGUAUGGAAAAAAAUGUAAUCUUGUUAAUUAGUCUUUUUUCAUUUUAGUAUCUUAAAGUUUGUAGUUUUUUAAAAAUAUCAGACUUUCUCAUAUUGGACGUGUGUUCAACAAUGAGCAUGAGUGUUUGAGUGGUUUGCUUACAUAAUUUAUGGACUGAAUGCAUGGGACGUCUGCACCCAUGUGUAAUUAAAAACACAGUUGGAAGGGCACAGCAGCCACCAAAAUCUAAUCAUUAAAAAGCUCUGCGGUGGCUGUGUUAUGAUGGUUGAUUUGUGCUGCCAGUUGCUUGAAGUUUAAAGAAACCUGUUUUUUAUACGUAACCAACUGUGCUUUAGUCGAUGUCACAGGUCUUUAACGUUUCUUCUGAGUUUCUGAUGUUUAAAAAUAGUGAGCAAACCCAAGGCGGUUUUUGGAGUUGUGGUCUGAGAAAUUAUCAAUUCCAUACACAGCUUUUUGGAACCACAUCAUUCGCUUUUGAGCAUUUUUUUUUUGUUUUUCAAAUGCAGAUGCCGGGCCAGACAGGCAUCUGAUAAUGGCGUGCUUGGCUCUCUCUGGCCCUCGAUGAGAGUGUGUGUAAUUUGCAGUGGUAAUUUCCAUUGGCUGCAGAGCAUGGGUGCUUUUAGAAGUGAUGUGAAAUCUGUUUUGGCCCAGCUAUAGCUCCUUAACCUCUUGCUACUCUGUUUGUUCUUUCUAAAAAAAUAAAAAAAUGACGAAUAUAUCCUGAAUCUACAAAAAAAAGAAUGUUAUUAGAUGCAAAUUGCGUGUAGAUGGCCACAAAAGGCAAGGCAAGUUUAUUUGUAUAGCACAAUUCAUACACAAAGUAAUUCAAAGUGCUUUACACAAUAAGAAAGACGUUAAAAUCACAAUACAACAAAUCAAAACAUAAAUAAACAUCAUAAAGUUAACGUUAAAAGAGGCGAGUGCAGAAUAAAAGCGUUUCAGAACCACUAAACAAGUCCCUGGAGGGAAUUUCACCACAUUUGCAUAAUUCUACAAAGCAAAAAAAUGUAGUUUUGUAUGAAUCUAUUUAAGGCAAUAAUAAGAAUUUCAGGCUUGUGUGUAAUUCUUAGAAGUAGUAAAGCUUCGUGUGAAAUGACAGGAGGAACGUGGUGGCCCCUGAAAACAGAUAUUAUGACUCCAACACGCCACAGUCACUUCAGUUCUGCUUUGCUCUUUCAGUGAUACAGUAAAAGCUCAAGUGACGAGGUUAUUUUAAUGCAUGUGUAGUGAAAAAGUGAAAGUUGUCUGCCGCGUAAUGUUCUCCCGUAGUAAACGUGUCAAUAGGGAGACGGACGUACUCCACGCGGAAUAAAGAACAAAUGCCUUGAUCACGCAACUGCAACAGAGACCCAGUGAUACAAGGUGGACAUGGUGUUUUUUGUUUGUUUUUUUAAACUGUAACUGUACAGAGAUGUGUUUUUGUAUUGAAAGUGAAACGCUUUUUUUGCCUGUGGAGGAAACGGAUGUGGCUUCAAACAUUUUCAAACCACAUGAUUUAAAGCUUUGUUUGUGUCUGAGGAAGCUAAAACUGUAAUGAGACGUGUAUGUAUUCUUGGUCCGGAGUUGUAGACGUUCUAGUGUUUUAUUGCUUCGUAUGGAUAUUUGAUUGUUUUGUGACGUCAGCACGUUCACUUAGACUCGUCGCUUUCAGCAUUUUUUUCAUAAAAUUCUCAGUUUUUAUGACGAUGGAUGUGUGUGCUGCACGGGAGAUGCAUACUCUUGCGUGCAGAGUUUCUACAAAUGUACAUGUUUACCCAGAACAAGGGCUAUAACAUCACUUACCUUAUCACGUACCUACUCAUCAUUUUCACGCCUGUUUUAAUUAAAAGCCACCAGAGAUUGACUUUAUGGUUAGCAAGUCUGUAUCUCCUCAUUGUCCAACUUAAGUUUUGUAUUUGUUUUGUUGGAUUCGGAGUCCCAGACAUAGUACGCGUGUGUGUUGUUGCCUCCCACUAUGAGGACGUAUUCCUCAAAGGGCACAAAGCAUUUAAUUUGUACACUGUAUAUUCUCACCAGCGUGUCCUUUUCAUGUGCAUGUCUUGUUUUCCCACGUUCAGGGAUAUUCAAAACAAGGAGUGCUACAGUUGGACCACACUUAAAACAUUGUGAUAAGCCAAAAGAGUAAGUCGUAGUCUGGAUGUGUUUUGCGUUUUCAUCUUUUCUUUACCCUAGGCUAUGCAAAAACAUGACUGUUAUAUGCUGCACCCUUCUGUUGUUUUCCUGUGAGUACCAGUACUAGCAAAAUAAACCCUGUACUUGUGACACUGCGCUGUACUGUAAUCUACUUAGACGUGUAUGUACUUUGUGUCAGGAGGAAACGUGUGUGUGUGUGUAUUCUUGGAGCUUUAUGAUGUGGCUGCAGUUUCCAUAUUUUACCACGAGUUCACCGUCAUACGAACGGCGUGUUUGUAUUCGGAUUGUUCGGUUUAGACGCUAGUAAAGAUUGUGAUGAUUUUGUUGACUUACAUGGCGCUCCGUGUGUAGACGUUUGGCACACAUCGCGUUUGUUUUCUGUCUUCAGUCAUAAUUAUUUUAACAGAAUGUGCAUCUGUUGCCUUUUAAUCACGAGUUAUUCCAUCACUAACGCGUUGUCUGUAUAUUCUACAUAUGAAUGACCUCAACCUGGAACACAGACGUCACAUUUUAAACCUUUUUGCACCAUGACACGUUUAUCUUACUACUUUUAAACAUUUCAUUUACGUGCCAUGGUUUCCCUUUGUUUUGCCAAUUUGAAAUACUGUGGCUAAAGUGGCAGUAAAGCCCCAAGACCGGAGUGAUUUUAAAUCCGAAAACAAAUCUAAAAUGAGUUGGAAACGCACUGAAUAAGACAACAUGCUUUAUUUGGAGCAUGUCUACUGUGUACUCUUUAGGUCAUUUGUAUUUUAUUUUUUUAAUAAAAACCUUGACUUUCA